AUGGAUAGCUCCUACCAGGAAUUUUUCGAAUCCAACGACUUCAGCGGUUCGCCCGGAAUGGAGGGACACUGUCAGCGAUCACAGGCAAAUGCCCGGGAGCGCUUCAGAACUCACAGUGUCAAUUCUGCCUUUACCAACCUGCGAUUGCUGAUUCCGACGGAACCAAAGAAUCGCAAGCUGUCCAAAAUCGAAACCCUGCGACUAGCUAAAAGUUACAUUUCGCAUCUGAUGGCGGUGCUGGUUACAGGUAAUCUCAGACAGCCAUGCUUGCUGGCGCAAAGCAGUUCUUCGGACGCGAUCGACAGCUCGGACGGUAGCGCAAAUAGUCAUCCUACGAGGGCAAAUAUUUGCACAUUUUGUGUCUCACCAAAGCGAUGA